AUUUUUCUUUCUUUUCGCUGUUGAAUUGAGCGCGUGGCAAACGUCGGUCCGGAUUAUUCCCAAAUUUUUGUCCUCUCGGUGUGCGACCCGUAAACGAAUUUUUAUUUUUCUACCUUUCUACUGAAACAAAAAAACCAAACACCUCAACAUGAGAAUCUACAAGGACAUCAUCACCGGUGACGAAAUGUUCGCUGACACCUACAAAAUGAAGUUGAUCGACGAUGUAAUGUAUGAGGUGUACGGCAAAGUCGUCUCCCGCUCCGAGGGCGAUAUCAAAAUUGAGGGCUUCAAUCCAUCGGCCGAAGAAGCUGACGAAGGUACCGAUACCAACGUUGAGACUGGUGUCGAUGUUGUCAUGAAUCACCGCUUGCAAGAAUGCUUUGCCUUCGGCGACAAGAAAAGUUACACCAUCUACUUGAAGGACUACAUGAAGAAGGUCUUGGCUAAGUUGGAAGAGAAAUCCCCCGACCAAGUCGAUGUCUUCAAGACCAACAUGAACAAAGUCAUGAAAGACAUUUUGGGCCGUUUCAAGGAUUUGCAGUUCUUCACCGGUGAAUCCAUGGACUGUGAUGGUAUGGUCGCCUUGUGCGAAUACCGUGACAUUGACGGCGAAAGCGUGCCCGUAUUGAUGUUCUUCAAACACGGUUUGGAAGAAGAGAAGUGCUAAAAAGAAAUUCAACAACUAAAUUCAGCCAGCCUAUCACAUCUCUUUUUUAUACAGUCGCAUUAAAUUAUAGUUUCAAUUUUAUAUAUAAAUUAAUUUAAGUACGCCAACCAACCGGACGACCAUGUUUUCUUUGGAUACAAAUUGUUUGUUUGCUAAUGUAACAUUUUGAUUUGAUUUAUGAAAUUUGUUUAAACAAAAGAAGAAGAAAGAAAAAGAUAUAAGACUCAAUUUACAUGUAAAACAAAAGAAAAAAUAUCUAAGAUAAAAAAAAAACUAUAAUAAAAUUAUGUAUUUAAAACAAGUAACAAUAUGAGAAAAAAAGAAACGAACCAAAAACCUUCAUAUCUUAUGGUUGGGGACAACAGACAUAUUGUAGGCUUGUGAGGCCAUGUCUACCAUGACCCACUCAACUUCCAUAUUCUUUUGUGGUGGCUUGGAAGCAUGGACUGCUGUAAAUUUGAGUUCGAAUUGGCAAACAAAUUGUAAUUGAAGGAAAAUAUUGAAAGAACAUCGCAUUUGCAAAAAUAAAGAAGAAAAAAAAAAAACAA